AUGAGCGAACAUAGUAAUAAUAAUAAUAGUUCGGAAGAUGAUAAUGAUGAUGAUGAUACUAGAUUACAAUAUGAAGACGAUGACGUUGAUGACGUUUAUGACGAUGAUGACGAUGAUGAUGGUGACCUUGACCAAACCAUCGAUGAAGAUGACCAAGAAGUUCAACAAUACUAUAAUACAUCAAUAGGUGAUAUUGGUCGUAAUCUAUUGAAUGGCUUCAACUUUAACUUGUUGAGCAAUUACUUCAAUAUCACAAACAACAACAAUAACAACAAUAAUAAUAACAAUGACGAUGAUCAUAUGGAAGAGAUAGAACCAACACCAUUAUUAGAACAAGUCAGUCUUGAUGAUGAGAUGAUUGAUUAUGUAUCAGAGUCUGAUGAGAUCAAGACACGAAUACAGUCAUUGGCAACAUUCGACCCAUUCACUCACUUGCACUCCACCGAUACUAUGAGCGCGCAAUGUUGGAUAGAGUUGGAGAACUAUAUCAAGGUCAUUGCAUUCACUGGUAGUGCGCAUCCCUUUACUUCAAUGUUGUCACCACUCAAGGAGUACAUGACCGGUGGUGCUGGAUCAUUCAGCGCAAUGAAGGCCAGCCAGAGGGAUAGCACGUGCGGCUACGUGUUCAAGGACAAUGAUUGGGCAUUCCAGUGCAAGAGAUGUCAGAAGGAUGAGACUAGUAUACUGUGCAGCAAGUGCUUUGACGAGGGCAAGCAUGUGGGCCACGAGAUCAAGCGCAUUAGAGUCAGCUCAAAUGGUUGCUGUGACUGUGGUGACGAGGACUCAUGGGCAAAGGAUGGCUUUUGUGAUGCUCACACUGAGCGCACCGAGCCCGACGACGUCAUACUUCGACCACUCGCAUCACUUGGUCCCGAUCAUGUUGCCCGAUGUGAGCGAUUGUUGGGCAUCCUCCUCGACAUGAUCCUUCAGCCCCUAGCCAACAUCAAGCUCACUCCAGAGGACUCUGACGUGCUCAGCAAUCGAUCACUUUACUUCUUCCACCCUGGACAUCCAUUUGAGUUUCUACUAGAUGAUGACCAAUAUGGAAUACUUAUGUUUAAUGACGAUGUAACAUCAUUUGGCGAGGUGAUGUCUGUGCUGUUGGAGACAUUGACUCCUCGUUCACAAGCAAUGUGUAGAGACUAUGCACAUUACGCUCAUAACAAUGGUCGUUGCAUCAUCUAUGUCGGAUCACAUCAACAAUGUCAGGUGGUGGUGUCAAUGAUCAGAAAGCAGACCAACCUGAAGCUGACCAUCACCAAGCGAUUCAAGGUACUACCAUUCGCCAGUCUAAUCAGUAUACUCAAUCUAUUUGAGUACCUUACACAACUGGUAUCAUUCAAGCGUAUCUUUUGCAACCUCAUGAUGCGCCUCAACAGGCACUACCUUCACACUGAGCCCAACAUCCUAGAUCCAAAGGGAUGUAGAUUGGCACAACUCGUAUCAAAUAUCCAAAAACUACAUCACUCUAGACAGGUACAACUGAUCAAUUGGGUAACUUCAUUGACAUUCGAUCGAUCAUGCAAGUUUGACUUUGCAGCUGUCUUUGUGUCCAACUAUCCGGCCAUGUUUGACAGUCUACUCAAUGGUGCAUAUGACGGCAGCAACUCAAUCAUAUCACUGAGUAUUCAGAUAUUCACACGUCCUCAGAUUGCAAUGUACGUGAUGGAGCACUACAAAGCAUUGGACAUAUUCCUCGACUACAUCAAGAGCGCCACUCCAAAGUACCUCAUCGUGGACAACGAACCACUUACAUAUCAGAGCGAAUUGGGCAGUAUGAGCAAACUGGAACAGUUCUACGUGGCGAUCAAAGACCUCACCAUGAUACUCUCACAUCAGCCUAUAUUCCGCGAUCUAAUGUGCACCAACCCAUCCAAGAUCGUGCCACUCCUACAGUUUGCUGCAUUACUCCACUUUAGUUGUCCCAACAUUCGUAGCGAGCUUGUAUUCUCAGAGUUAAGGACAUCAUAUUUCUCACAUGGACACUUGUUGAUGAUGAAUCAUUGCAAUGUAACAUUCAAGAUCUUAAAGACAUUGGUUCCAGAGCCUCCAAAUGUCGCCACAGCCGGAGAUGAACUGGCCAUUUCAAACACCAUUGCAGUGCUUUGCAAAGCAUCAACACUCAUCAAGCAACAGAUGGUUGGCGUAUCCUUUAACCUACCCAUUCACCGUUGUCUCUCUCUUAUACUCUCACUGGUCAUUCUACAUUUCGAUCAGUUCUCCUUCCAAGACAUGGCAGCAUCAUUCCUACAAAAUCAGGACUUGGUUGAACAUUCAUUAUAUGGACCAGCCAAUAUUGACAACCUUAUUGCAGAGAGCAAGUCACGACUUUGGCUCAAGAAUGGAGACCCUAUUGAGUUGCAGGUACAUAGCUAUCAAUCACAUCCAUACCUCAAGUAUAUAUACAUCUAUGAUCUAUACUUGAAGCAGAUGUCCUGUGCAUCUUUGAAGGCGGACCACUUCAUCACAACAUAUUUCAGUCACUUCAAGAGACUGGACACAUUGUUCCAGAGCAACACAGCACUGAACAACUACCAAACAGGUGUACUGGUGUACUUUUAUCAAUUCCUCAUGGUGUUGAUCACAGAGCGAUCAUUGAUUGGCAAGCAAACAACACGAGACGUCAUCAAGUACGACAUCAUUCAUCAUUUGAUCGUCAAGAACAGGACGUACACCAAGCUCAACACAUUGCUCAACACUGAGUUGCGCUUUGUCAACUUUGACGCCAACGAUGUCGACUCUGUGCUCAAGGAGGUGGCCAUAUAUGUCCAGCCCAACACCCUCUCUAGUCAUGGCCGCUACUCACUCAAGCCCGAGUACUACACGUACUACAACAAGUACUACUAUGGCUACACGUAUAGAUACCGCGAGAGGGCAGAGGAGGUCGUCUCGACGCUUCCACAACAGCAUCGUAACAACAAUGUGCGAAGAGUUGCCGUCAACACUUUGGCUCCAUUGCGUCAGGACUUUGAUGCGAUCGGCCAGUUGCUACUGUCGCCCCAACUCUACAAGAGGAUAUACUUCUCGCUACUCCACUGCACCGUGCAACUGGUCGACCCCGUGCCCCUGGACGAGUAUGACACACAACAGCGUGUGAUCUUCCGAUCGGACACUGUGGACAAUAUCCUACACUUGAUGAUGUUGGCUCUGGACACUCAUCCAACCGAGCACGACACUAUCAAGAAGAUGUGCAUAUCAAGACAACAUGAUCGCGUUGACAGCGCAUCACAAUAUCAAACGAUUGUGGAUCUGCUGGACUUGGUACUCACGACAUCAUCGAUGAAGUUCUUCCACCCGACUGUGGCAUUGUUGUUGCAGAGUCUAAAGGAGCCAACCUUGGAGAAUGGUCAUGAGUGUGAUGCGUUCGAGAUGGAGACAAUGCAGGACAAGGAGGACAGGAAGCGAAGGAUGCUGGAGGCCAAGCGUAAGGCAAUGGAAUCGAUUGCAAAGGAACAGCUGAGGUUCUCAAACCUGUUGGAGGAUGAGCACAUGGACAGCGAUGAAGACAUGACCCUGGAUGGCUCGCAUUCUGCUCAUGAGGUGCACGAUGUCAAAGGAGAGUGUAUUAUAUGUCGCGAUGAGAACUACCUCAAUGACCUCAACAAUCCCAUUGGAUACUUCUGUUUGAUACAGAACAUUGGCAUCGCGCAUGUGCUCAAUGACAGAUCUUCGAUUGACCCUUCCAACGGUGUGGUCGAUCAACAAGAUUUUGCCUCUUCGAUCAAGCUGGACGUGUCAAAGAGCGAGACCAUCGCACAGAUAUGUGGACACACCGUACACUAUCAGUGUUACAUCAAGAUGGAGAGGUUCAAUCACAACACGCACCGACUAUGUCCAUUGUGCCACUUCUUUUCCAACACGUUGUUGCCACCUGCACCUGUUGGACUGACAGUACUACAGCACCUACACACCAGCAAUCAUCAUCAGCACGACGACCAACCAUCAGGUCACACUGCAAUGUACUUGGCAGAUGGCUUUGCUGGAUCCAAACUCCUCGAGUGCUUCGAAGCAUUUGGCAAGGUAGUACAAAGUAAACUACCAUCACCAGACACCAAGAUAUCGAUGUUGCUCGCUUCAACAAUCAACAAUCUGGAAUUCAUAUCAAGGAAUAACCAAUGGAACCUUCAACAAACAGUUGAUGAGAAGACUGGACAGAUGCUAAGACAUCUCUCCAAUGUAUUAUAUGUAUAUCAUAAGGUGUUGAAUCUGCGCAGUGGCAAUUGGAGUGAGAAGGAACCUGCAGGAUCAUUAUGUUUGGAGAGGAUGGUUCAUCAGGUCUACGUGGACUUGAGUGUUACUGGUCGUCCUCAACUGACACUUCAGAACUACUUGGAGUUGACUGCACAGCAAUUUGAACAGGCGCUCACCUCGCCCACAUCCGAGGUGCCUAGAGGCAAUGACAGACUAUUCUAUCAACUCUGCGUUGAUCUUAGGAAGCUUGUCCUACUCGAUAGUGUCCUCAUGGGCAGCACCUCCACUCCCCUGCCAUCAAUGGAGCUCUCACCAAAGUACCUCGUUCAAUUGAUUGCGUACAUCAAUGGCAAUGUACAUCGCACCAGACAUCAGAUAUUCUUGGAGCAGCCUCUUCAAGAGCACUUGAUCUCAAAGGAUGUUGUCGAGAGGCAACCACCUCAGUUCAAGCUGGUGACACUGCCAAACACAUUCUUCCAUCUGUCCAAACGUACAUUCGUUUGCUCCACCUGUAAUCUAACCAAGAACAACUCUGAUCAGGCCUUAUGCCUACUCUGUGGCCGAGCCAUCUGUAUUGGAUCCUGUUGCAAACGGAAUGGUGCCAACGAGAUCAACUGGCAUUCAAAAACAUGUUGUGGUGACAUUGGUCUCUAUCUACUGAUGGAGUUAUCGAUCGUAGCCAUCGUAUUUGAUCAUGCUUGCUUUGGAUUCCUCGGCUCACCAUUCCUUGAUUCACAUGGUGAGGAUGAUCCAGGUCUCAAGCGUGGAAUACCUCUCUUCCUUUCCAAAGAUCGAUACAAUCUGUUGAGCGAGAUGAUCUUGAAGAACAAUGCAGUCAAGUAUAUCAAGGCAUCUCCACAUUACAUCGAGUUCAUUGGUACCAAUGCUGCUGCUGAACAACUUUGA